AUGGCAGCCAUGGAGGAGCUGGAGAUUCACAGCAAGUCUUACUUCGUACGUUGGAUUCAUGUCAACGCCAACCAUACCAUCUCUUGGAGCAUUCAACCGCACAAGAAGUCUGUCAACUUUGGUAUUUUCAAACAUCCUGGCCAGUCCUCUUCUUUGAGCUCCCAUAUCCCUCCCUCCGAUUCCCAAAGUACCGAUUCGACCGAGAACCUCCCCGCAACCGCAUCGACUGCCGGCGCGCGACAACAACAGUCCGCCAUAAUCGACAAGUUGACAGGAAUUGGCCUGAAAACGAUCAAAUGGACUGGGAAGUGCGAGGCAGACAAGAUUACCCAAGGCACCUACGAUGUACCGCACAGUGAAGGUGGUAAUUACGCACUUGUUUUCGACAACACCUUCUCUAAACAAAUCUCCAAGACCUUGACACUUGUCCUCCUCACAUAUCCGACCGGCUUGCAGCCUCAUAGUUCAGCGUCGAUUCCCACUGGACGUUCUCAAACAGGGGCAUCGACUGAUUCCUUACCGCAGUCCAAGCCCCGCGGAAGAGGUAACAGUCGGGCAACACUCAACUCGCAGAUCGAUACGUCGAACCAAAGUGUCCACACGGGACUAUUGCAAAAGCGGCGCCGAAAGCGCCAUCAAGGCUGGGCGCGUCGAUAUUUUUCGCUGGAUUUCACCUCAUGCACACUGUCAUACUAUCACGACCGUAACUCGGCCGCACUCCGAGGCGCGAUCCCGCUCUCGCUAGCGGCUGUCGCAACAAACGAAAAGUCUCGGGAGAUUUCAAUUGACUCUGGCACCGAGAUCUGGCACCUGCGUGCCAGUAACGAGCAUGACUUUGGGGCCUGGAAGCAGGCUUUGGAGAGAGCUUCUUCCAAGGACAGCUCCAAGAACAACAGUUCCGGACUAGCUGCUCCCCCAGAGUUGCGGCUUUAUGGGCCGUCGCAGCCUUCACCAGCGGAGGAGAGUGAGUGGGUGCGUAUCCAGAGUCUUGUCAGCCAGGUGUCUGGGUCGCGAGAUGCGAUCCGUCGGCUUGCCAAAGAUACAGACCCCAAGUACCUCGCUUCUCCGCUCCCCACUGCCACCGUUGACCGGCCUCGCUCGCGCGGUCGGUCUCCUAGUCCCCAACCAAGCCCCCAACCCGGGGCCGCUGAGGCUGCUGCUCCUAGCGAGGAGUCCAAGCGGCCAUUUUGGAAGCGCAAGACGAGUGGUCAGUCACAUGCUAGUAACAAGCGCCCGCCGGGGGUGACCUCGAACUCAAGUUCGUCGCAGCUUGCGGUACCUGCUACGGAUGGCAAGGGAAGGCCCGCCAGUAUCACCAGCCACACCGACAGUAUGGAUGGGAUCCAUGACCAUUUGAUGGCGGUGCUGCGCGAUCUUGACACUACUAUAUCCGAGUUCGCCGCGUUGAUUGCCGAGAGCGGGGAGCGACGACACCCGGUCAAGCCUUCUAUGGUUCCCAGGCGGAGCAUGGAGUCGGACAUGUCACAAGAAUUCUUUGACGCAACGGAUGGCGGUGGGGACAGGUCUCCCCUCCUCACCAUCCAGGAUAGCGAUGAUGAGCGCUUUGAAGAAGACCAUCCCGGCUCUACCACUGAGGAAGUCGAGGAUGAUGCUCCAUCUGACAGCGACAGUGUAUCGGACGCAACAGCAACUCGACAAGAAAGCGGCAGCGCAUCAGGAUUAUUCCCCGUUAAACCAAAAUCACUGAUUCCGCUGCCUUUGGACCCUAUAAAACGUCGCACGAACAUUCCUGCUCCAACGGUACUACCCCCAAGCUUAAUUGGCUUCCUGCGCAAGAACGUUGGCAAGGACUUGUCUACGAUCUCCAUGCCCGUUUCCGCAAAUGAGCCAAUGUCUCUGCUACAGCGUGCCGCGGAAAUUCUGGAAUACUCAAACCUUCUCGAUCAAGCCAGUCAGUCCUCGGACCCUAUUGAGCGACUGAUGCUCGUAACUGCAUUCGCCGUGUCUUCCCUCUCGGCUAACCGCGUUCGUGAGCGUUCAAUCCGCAAACCCUUCAACCCAAUGCUCGGCGAAACAUACGAGCUAGUUCGAGAAGACCGCGGCUUCCGUUUCAUUGCCGAGAAAGUGUCCCAUCGCCCCGUCCAACUCGCCUACCAAGCCGACAGCAAAGAAUGGUCUCUCUCACAGUCCCCCUCCCCAGCCAGAAAUUUUGGGAUCACCACCGAAGGUCGCGUCCGCAUCACUCUACACGCAACCGGCGACCGCUUCAGCUGGACACCUGCAACAUCAUUCCUACGCAACAUCAUCGCAGGCGAGAAAUACGUCGAGCCAGUCGGUGAACUAGCAGUCACGAACGAGUCCACCGGCCACCGCUCAAUAUCCACCUUCAAAGCCGGUGGCAUGUUCUCCGGUCGCAGCGAGGAAGUGUCUACCCGCGCCGUCGACGCAAACAACAAACCCCUUCCCCUCGGUCUAUCAGGUACCUGGCCCUCUUCAUUGACGCUUACUCGCGACGGCAACCCAACAGGCAACACUAUCUGGACAGCCGGGCCUCUCGUCCCCUCUGCACCAAAACACUAUGGCUUGACGGCUUUCGCGGCGGCUCUUAAUGAAAUCACCUCGAUCGAAGAGAACCAUCUGCCUGCUACGGACUCGCGACUGCGUCCUGACCAGCGCGCGCUGGAAGAUGGCGACCUUGACCGCGCAGAAGAGGUCAAGGUGCAGCUUGAGGAGGGACAGCGGGCGCGUAGGCGUGAGAUGGAAGAGGCGGGUGAGACUUGGGCUCCGCGCUGGUUUACGCGGGUUGGGGAUGAGUCGGAUGGAGAAACUGCUUGGCGGUUGAAGGGUGGGAAGGAUGGGUAUUGGGAGGAGAGAGCCAGAGGUAGCUGGUCUGGUGUUGUUCCUGUUUUUGAGACUUAG